AUGGACGUAUUGCCUAACGCGAUAGUGGGAAGCGCCGCCUUAACGGCGCUGGCCAUGUACCUAGAUGCGAAAUUCUCGGUAAGCAGCGACUUAGCCCAGAUUCGAAGCGCACGACAGGGUCAAGAGUUUAGCAAGGGUCUGUUUGAGAAACAUGGGCAAGACGACUGGUCAUUCUACCAUAUAGUACAUGCCUCCCACGCAGUACGAGCCACAGUCGGCUCGGACGAAGCGCUUCAAUUCGAAGGGCGAAGCUGGUCAUACAACGAGUUUAGACGAGAGAUUGGGCGUGUGGCCGAGGCAUUGGCCAAUGCUGGUGUCACCAACCGAACGGUAGUGUGUCUGUUCAUGGACAACUCGCCGGAGUUCAUCUUCACCUGGUGGGCGUUGUUCAAACUCGGGGCCAUCCCAGCCCCGAUCAACACCAAGUUUAAAUCCGAGCAUAUCAGACACUGCGCUAGACUUUGUGAAUCCUCGUUCUUCAUCUGCACCACAGAGCUUUGGGGCGUGAUUCGAGAGGCAUAUUAUGACAGUCGUGAUAGCGUGCCGGAUCAUCGCCAAUCAAUCAUCAUCUACGAUGCGGGAACAUAUGAUUCCCCGCCGGAAUCCUUGCCGGAGGGGGUUGUGUACUGGGUGGACGAAAAAUUCCCUCCGGCCAAACCUGGAACCGACGACUACCCAAAGUCCCAGAGACCUAAGAUUGGUCCCACUAUGCCGGUACAGUAUCUGUUUACUUCUGGAACAACUGGCCUACCCAAAGCUGUAUGCUAUCCCGCUGGCUAUUGCUCUAUGCUCGCCAACCACAGCAGAUGGCCUGGCAUGUUUGAUGUACGUCGAAGGUUUUAUAUCUGUCUGCCUAUGUUCCAUGGCACAGCACAGGUAGCAGCAAUGCCCGCGGUGCUGAUGACAUUUGGCACUGUCAUUCUUGCUCGCCGGUUCUCUCGCCGCGAGUUCUGGGCUGAUAUUCGGAAAUCCAACGCGAAUGCAAUCUUGUAUAUCGGGGAAAUGCUUCGAUACCUCGUCCAAUCCCCGCCGGACCCCCGCUUCCCAGAUGAAAAGGACCAUCAAGUCACGUUAGCGUUUGGGCUAGGACUCGCACCGACUGUCUGGAAGUCGUUCCGCGAGCGGUUCAAUGUGAACUGGAUUGUGGAAUAUUAUAGCGCGACGGAGGCCACGACAUCACUGGUCAAUUCGACCCGGAACAAUGCAGGUAAUGGCAAGGUCGCCCAUUGGGGUCCUCUGAUGAGGCGAUUUGGGCAAGAUACAUUCUAUAUUGUCAAAGCAGAUCUGGUUUCCGGGGAAAUUCUCCGAGACCCGAAGACUGGAUUCUGUAUUCCGGCUAAGACGAAUGAGCUCGGAGAAGCAAUCUGCCGUAUCAACCCUCCUAUCCAGCGGAAACAUGACUAUGUCGGGAAUGGAGGGGCUGAAGCUACAGAGAAGAAGACGCUGCGGGAUGUGUUCAGCAAAGGCGAUGAAUUUUUCCGGCUCGGUGACGCACUAUUUAUGGAUGCUGAUGGCUAUAUCUCAUUUUCUGACCGCCUCGGGGAUACCUACCGGGUCAAGGGUCAUAAUAUAUCCACGACGGAGGUUGAGAACUGCCUCAGCCGCCAUCCUGACAUCGCAUCGGUUAAUGUCUAUGCCAUCCCUAUGAAUCAAUACGGGUAUGAAGGCCAAUUGGGCUGUGCAGCCAUUGAGUUUCAUGCAAGAUCAUGGGAUCGGGCGGACAAAAUCCUCGGCGGGCUGGAGCAGUGGAUGAUAAACUCUGAGCACGGCAUCCCGGCAUAUGCCAUCCCACGGUUUUUGCGCAUCAUCCGCGACGGUGCCAGUGUAGCGCCUGGCCAAGGCCCCAGUCGUGGAAAUGAAACCGAGCGAGUAUCAACAAUCAUGAAGAAAGUCAAGGUUGGACUCCGCAAGGAAGGAUUCUCGCCUGUCGGAUGUGAAGAUCGGAUGUACUGGAUUGAGAAAGAAGGCUCAGGGUAUGUUCCACUGGUUGAAGACACUGCACAAUCGCUUCGUACGGGGCAAUUCCGGUUGUAA